AUGUGUUUUUUUCAGCUUAUAAAUGGACGUAUUGUGAGCCAGAAAACAAUGCUGCUCCUAGAGAAGCCAGUCAUCCAAGGAAUCGACCAAGUUCUGAACUGCAACACAGUUAAAGGACAUGGAUUUCUUUACUACCCACAACAAGGAAAAUCUGAGAAAGGUCUCAUAAUGGGUCACGUUGGUUACGGAUGCCAACAGGUGAUGUUUGACACGGAGAACAAAAUCGCUUUUGCCUAUGUGACAAACGGACUGAAAGCAGGCAUAGCUCAUAUCUGCCGCAACUACUUGAGACUGGAAAACACACUCUACGAGACCCUGCAGGACAGCUGUUCGGAAACAUCCACGAAGGAAAACACUGCUUACUAA